GGCCUCUCUCCUGGCAGCGGCGGCCGCGCAAGGCUGAGGGGAGGCUCCCAAUGUGGCAAGGGAGAGGAGGAGGAGGGCUGAGCAGCGGCGGCGGCGGAGGAGGAGGGGGCCGAGCGAGACAAGGGGAGCCGCCGCAGCAGCAACCGCCGCCGCCGAGGAGCUGAGCGGCCUGGCCGGGCGAGCAGGGGGUUGGCAGAGCCUCUGCAGCACUGGCACCCCCGCCGACGCCGCACCCCCGCCGGGCACCUCGCGCCCGCCCGGGUGCAGGCGGAGGCGGCGGAGGCAACGACGGCGGACAAGGAGGCUCGGGCAGCAGCAGCAGAGUAUUAUAAUUGAAGGAGCAUCUGUUACACUUGUGGGGAAACAUACUUCAUAUUUGGAUUAUUAUAGUUACUGCUUCAAGACGUAGGAGGACUUCACAACACCACCCAGAACUGGAUUUUCACCCUAGUUCAGCAGCUUUGCUGCUCACUUAAAUACAGAUGAAUGAAGACCCCAUUUGGAAAGGCACCAGGUCAGCGGUCCAGAGCUGAUCCAGCUGCUAGUCUUCAGUUCUAAUAAGUCAACAGGAAAAACAGCUUGCUGAUUCUCAAGGUUGGAAAUCUGAGUUGAUAUCCACUCCUACUCCACAACCUAGGGGCAUGCAGGUGUGUCUGCCAGCGUGAUGAAGAAGAGAGCUUCCCACAAAAAGCAUCGAAACAACGUGGGACCAAGCAAACCAAUGUCGCAACCUAGAAGAAAUAUUGUAGGCUGCAGAAUACAGCAUGGAUGGAAAGAAGGGAGUGGACCCGUGACACAAUGGAAAGGCACUGUCCUAGACCAGGUUCCUGUAAAUCCCUCCCUCUACCUUAUCAAAUAUGAUGGAUUUGAUUGUGUCUAUGGACUAGAACUGCACAAAGACGAAAGGGUUUCAGCACUCGAAGUCCUUCCAGAUAGAGUUGCUUCGUCUCGAAUCAGUGAUGCCCACCUGGCAGACACAAUGAUUGGCAAAGCAGUGGAGCAUAUGUUUGAAACUGAAGAUGGUUCAAAAGAUGAGUGGAGGGGAAUGGUCUUGGCUCGGGCACCAAUAAUGAACACAUGGUUUUAUAUUACCUAUGAGAAGGAUCCUGUCUUGUACAUGUACCAGCUCUUAGAUGACUAUAAAGAAGGUGAUCUCCGUAUUAUGCCUGAUUCCAAUGAUUCACCUCCAGCAGAACGGGAGCCUGGCGAAGUUGUGGACAGCCUAGUGGGGAAACAAGUGGAAUAUGCCAAAGAAGAUGGCUCAAAAAGGACUGGCAUGGUCAUUCAUCAGGUGGAAGCCAAACCCUCAGUCUAUUUCAUCAAGUUUGAUGAUGAUUUCCAUAUUUAUGUCUAUGAUUUGGUGAAGACAUCUUAGACACCACCAUGCAAACUUUUGCCAAACUUGUGGAACUUCAAUGUAAAAUUUGUAGACACAAAGACUUAAGUGCUUUCCAGUUUAUUUGAAAGCUUAAAUGUCCCUGCGAGCCCACAAUCUCUGCCAGGAAAACUAUUCCAUUGUGAACUAUACAAAUAGACUUUUAUGUGAACAUGACACAUUUUGUGUAAGGGAACUCCCUUUCUUGGAGGAAGUCUUCUGGUGGGUAUGUGGAUGAAGUUAGAGAGAACGGCAGCUGCAAAUUCAAGCUGUGUAAAGUGGAUCCAGCAACAUAAUCAUUAAUCUGAUUUCCCCCCACUCCCCAAAUAUAACUUUCCCUCACCGUCUCACAUAACUAUUCAACUGCCACAUGCAAGUCUAGCUUGAUAUUAUUACUUUCAUGUAUGUAUUAAGUUUUCUUGUCUGGCAGUCCUUGUUUUCACAGGGUUUGGGGCAAAGAUGACUAUACUAUGUUUAAAGCAGUGUUAAGGAGUGCCUAACCCAAUUUAACAUCGGUGUACUGUGUUCAGGUUAACUGUUGAGCUACUAUCACAUGAGAAUUUUGUACAUUUUAGUUGCAGGAAAAUAGAACAUGGCAGACAUGUAAUGCAGCUGAAUGCAGAGUAAGAGCCCAUAUUUGCAACUGUAGGACCUGGUCAAAACAUUCAAAGCAAGGAUGCCUUCAGUUCUCAAUGUCGUAGGCCUUUUUUUUGUUUUGUUAACUUUUAGCAGAAUCCAGGUGCUUGGUGCCCUAGCAGUCUAGAACUUCAUGUUAAUGUUAAAUACUCCGCAGCAACUACUGGGUGUCUCAGUAUCAAAACUAGCAACCUAGAUUCUUGUGUGUGGACUUAAAUCUGUUACGUGUAAAGACAAACCUCACAAGAGAAGAGUCCUCGUACAUUAAAGGCUUGUGUUGCAGAGGAGGAAAAUCAUUUGUUGCCUUCUACUUUGAUCUGCUGCAUUCCUUCUCAUUUUACUGUGUUUUGUUCAGGAAGGCACCUACUCCCCCCCCCCUUUUUCUGGCCUUUCUUCUUGGGGUUUACCCAGACAAGACAUUAUACAAACUCAAACCUGUUGUCGCCUUUUGUGCUGUACGUUGUAUUUUGCUUGAAGUAUGCUGUUUUAACGUGAACUUCGUUAAAAGGACACUGGGGUUCUGCAUGCUAGUGGGGGUACUGCCUAACAAAAGCUAGGCAGUCUCCGUGGUCCAGUCAUCUGCAGCAGAUUGUGGAUGUAAAUAAGCAGCCCACAGCCACAAAAUUUUCUUCUUCUCCUCCUCUCUCUCUCUCUCUCUUUCUCUUUCUCUCUCCCCCCUAUUCUUUCUUUUUUCUUUUUUUAAUUUGUAAGGUAGUAGAUUGGUGUGGCAGCUUUUUAAAGUAAUCAGUGGGAAAAUAUCAAACAGCAGCAAAGCUGAAGCAGGGCAUUGCAGUCUGCUUUGCACAUGUAAAUGAGAAGCAAGCACCAUUGUUUAUAUAUAGCUAGGAGGUAAAAAACAAACAAACGAGUGUUGCUGAUCAGCCUUUUGAGGUCCAAAUUACCUCGGGUGUGGGUCUACAUAUUAAACUCCAUGUGGUUUAAACUUCCUUUUUUAAUUUUGCCUGAUUUCAUAUUGUAGCCUUAAGGCUUGUGCCUCAUUAAUGCUCUUUAAUGGUAAUAAAUACCGUAUAAAUACAGUAUCUUAAACUUUUCCUGUCCCAUCGCUGCUGUUGCAUUGUGUACAGUAUUUCAUCAUGGGCAACCCCAAGGCAGGCUGUAGUCUUUUCCAUGAAGAGCUUCUCAAAUGCAGUCCUGAAGCCCUAAGUACCUGAGUCAUAAAUGUUCCUGUGUUCUUGAACCAAGUGAGCAGAUUUGCAACCCAGUGGGUUUUUUUGUUUGUUUGUUUGUUUGUUUGUUUUGUUUCCUCCUUCAUUCUGCAGAUCUGUAUGUUUUCUAUUGACUCUUUAGAGUCCUGCAUGUAAAUCUCAAAGCUGAGCCUGGCUCCAUGAGCCCAAGUUAAUAUUUGUGGCACAAGAAUGAGUGAGUGUAUUGCACCCACACACAAGAUACAUAAAACAUAGUACUUUGAAUUGUGGGCUACGUUAACAGUGAAUCCAAGGUGUGCCUCAAGGAUUGCUGAGGAUUAGGUAGACAGAAAAUGUUGCAUUCAAAGAGCUUGCAAGUGGAGGUUUUCUCCAAUACACCACAUUCUGCCAGUUGAGAGUGAUCUAUAUUCUGUAUAAAUUUUAUGGUUUUUAAAGUGUCCACAUUGUCUGCUUUUUUGAUAGCUUAAUCCACCUUUUUUUGAGGCUUGAGACUUGAUUCUACUCCCUGCCAAUCUGCUUUGGGCUUUGUUUUAGGCUCACGUUUCAGAUCUGCAUGUAGUGCUUGUUACCCUGGUAACUAAAUGUUGGUUCCUUUUCUUAGGGGUUCAACAUGAUUUUCCCAGUUAUCACGGGGCUUGUGGUGGCACAAGCUAUGGAUCUGUGUAUAAAAAGUUACUGGCCUUUCUCUCCAUUUACCUGCUGUAGUAUUGUAUAUUGUGUGUUUUGCGUGAUGUCAGGCUGCCCUGUAAAAUUUUAAAAAGACAAACUUAAAAUGCAGACCACCCCUUUUUUGCAUGCUUAGAAGGUAGAAUGUUCAAUGUAACAAACUUAAAAGUUGCAUGUUUAAAAAAUGUUUAGGUUUUUAGUUUCAGGGUUUUUUUUAAUUUUGUGUUCUUUGUGAAUUUGCUUAUUGUGCUGUUUUUAAUGGUGGUUAGUAGGAUAAAUGCACUGGUGAGGCAAACAUAGUGCCAACAGGAGGUAACUUUCCAGUUGUAUGUGUCAAGCAGCGUUUGAAGGGACCAUGUACUUUGCUCAAAAUGAAAUAAAAAACCAAUAAAAUUCAACAGUAUGCUUUUUUGUGCCAAAUCCUAAAUUAAGUUGAAGUAGAAUCAUAUUACGACACUCCCCCUCCCCAAAUAAUGAUGGAAAAAGCCUUUUUUCACUGAAUUGCUUAGCCUUCUUAAAUUGGUACAUUUGAAAAAUAAAGGCUUCUCCAGAGAUACAUUAAUUGCAACCAUUUCAGAGAACCCAAAAAAAGAGAAAAAGCUUCGAUGAUUUGUGGUUCCUUGGAAAUGCUGUGCUUUUUUGUAUUUUACAUCAUUAGUGCAAUUUGGAUGGUUCUUGGUAUGUGUAUAGUUCAAAGGUCUUCAUGUUCACACUUUAAAAUUAGGUAAAUGACUUCAUCUCUAGAGCUUGGUUUCAUUUUUUUUAUUUUUUAACAAUGUAGACAGUUCCCUGUUCUCUGCAUUUAGAAGUAUAAACACUUUAAAUCUGUUACUUAAUUCUGUAAGUAAUUUUUAUAAUUAUGAUGUAACUCUAUCCUUAAAACAUUUAAAAUAAACCCUUUAUGUGCAACUUA